CUAGCAUUCGGUGACCAAAACCUCUUCUUCUUGUUUUCUUUUAGAAAGUCAUUAGCUAUGUGCCCGCCACAAAGCCCUCUCCUACAGGGCCAUGUACUGUCGCUGUCGGUGCAAUGUCGGGAGUUGAAACAUUUUCCACGCUCCUCCUCCACGAACUCAUGACUGACGUACCCCUCCAUUUUUUUUGGCUUCAACCUUCAACCAACUCUUGGCUCUCACCGCAUCUUCUACCAACAAGAUGCCAUUCCGAAGACGCUACCACCCUCCAAUUGACCCAUCCUCUUCUAGUUUAAUAUAACAAGGAACGGCUCAGCAGACUCUCUUUUGGAACGAUGCUGCUCCGAAGACUUCCAUCGCUACUGCUACUGUUUGCACCCGCAACGGCUUUUGUUCCGAGGUCUCCUUCUCGAGGAGGUUCAUCGCGGGGUAGUACAUCAUUGGCGGCCCUCUCGGAGCGACAACAACAAUUUUGGGAAGACGUGGAGAGUGGCUUGGACGAUAUUGCCGAUUUCUACCAGAGCAAAAGGAAUCUGGAUAUUGAUCGAAUCCGGCUAUUUGGAAAAAGUGCCCGAGGAGAAAUAGAUCCACCCAAAGGAUCCAUGGAAGGUCAUGAUCCUUCUGAGGAACAUGUCGAUGGAUUGACGGCACGGCCCUUUUGGGAUGCGGCCGACAUGCCCGAGGAAUUCCCCUGGGCGCCACAGUUGGAAGAAAAGGCCGACAUUAUUCAACAAGAAUUCGCCGCCAAGCUGGCAGAACAGGAGAGCCAAAUGUUUGCAUCGGACUCGGCGUGGCAGAAUCAAGUCAUGGGUGGCGGAUGGAGUGCCGUGAGAUUACAACGAUUGGGUGUCUGGAACGAAGAAAACUGCCGACAAUUCCCACAAACCUACGAAUUGAUCCGAUCCCUCAAUAUUCCACUGGCGGUACGAGGGGUCUGCUUUGCCCGACAGGCACCGGGAUCCGGCGUGCAGCCGCACAGCGAUGGGCGCAAUUUCAUUCUUACAUCCCAUUUGGGCUUGAAAAUUCCGGAGGCAUGUUGGAUUGAAGUGGGCACGGAACGACGCGGAUGGGAGGAAGGCAAACUAACAACCCUGGAUACAUCAUUUACCCAUUCGACGGGCAAUCCGUCCUCCGAAGAUCGACACGUUCUGAUUAUUGAUUACUGGCAUCCAGAAUUGUCAGAAGCCGAACGAGCUGCACUGGAGUUUGUUUAUGAUUUGAGAAACAAGUUUGAGAGUGGUCUUGUGCCAAUGCGCAGACCGAGGGGUACAUUUGCCCCCAAAGACGAACAGCAAGAAGAAGGUGGGCUUGGAGCGUGGUUCAGUAAGAAUUUUGGUGGUGACAACUAAGUAAUUAGAGAUCUACGUCGCUAGCUCCUGUUUUGGUGUUGAUGGCUGGCUGCUCCAGAAUAUUAGAUCAGCUAUUUGGCGACCGUCGGCUCGGAGGAAUAGAACCGCUCCAGUAUACCGUCAUGAUUCCCUUAGGUUGUUACGUUACACCAGAUCUAAGGGCAUCAUUCCCUUGGGUUGUUACUUUAGACCAAAUUACCCUCAAUCAUUCAGGAACAGUGUUUAAUUUUUUAAAAGUCGAUACCAGUAGCUAGGAAGAGUGGCAGAGUGACGGAUUCAUGGAGAGAAAGUAGUAUAGACAGCUCAGAUCAUGAAGCGAGUCAAUGAGGACCUCCACCCAGUCAAUCCUUCUAUUAUACAUGACAUCACUCCUUGCCCUUUUUGAGCGGUGUCGUUGCUGGCGUUUUGUUUGGAUACUCGUCGGAUCCUCUCUGCUGCAGAACAGCCGUCGUCUGCCUAGCUUGUUGAGUUUCAGGUAGAAUGCAAUCUCGGCGUGAUGGCUGAAUCCACACAACAUGGAAAAUGUCUCCAAAUGGUAGUUCCAGCCAAUGGCGUGGCAAAACGCAGCUUGCAUAUGCGGGUGGCAAAUUGGAUGUUGUUGAUCCACCUGCGUGGGAGUUAGAAGACGCGAUUGAUAGUGUGCGCUUGUCAUUAGUCGAAAGUCUCUUAGCUGAGACGUUUGCAAGGAAUCUGCCAAGAACAAGCAGGAUGCUUUGGUUGCUCCCCUGUCAUCCGAUUCCAGCUCUUUGAUCCAUACAUGCAAGAGCUGGAGGGUCCCAAUUGAAAGCAGUUUGCCCAAUGCCAAAAUCCCCUGGCUUCCAACAUGGCAAGAUGACAGGCGUAUCUCUUUGAGUUGGCAUUGAUUGUUGGCUUGUAUCGCUUGCGCAAUGCCUCCCAGGUGAUCAUCAGUCAAAGUGAAGUCGUAGAUCAAGAGCUUGGUUAAGCUUGCUGAUUGGCAUAGCGAUGACAUGGAUUC